AUGACACAGCUCCCGUGCUCACUGCUGCAGCUUCGAUGGUCUCGUUAUGGAGGACCACACCUGUUGCAUAUUUCCUUAAGUAACACCCCUGAGCCUCCAAUCGUCACAGAUUCCGUCAGCGAGUUACCCAACCCUGAACUCGAGAAAUACUGGAUCAAACGAUCAAUGACAGAAUGGGAAAGAUACACGUGUUUGAGGUUUACACCCCGGACAACGACACAGCGCAACUAUAUUCGCUUCGUGAAUGGCAGCGGGUGUAACUCCAGGGUUGGAAUGGUGUUCGGGGGACAGGUUAUUAAUCUUAAGAAAUCCGGAUGUAGACAGAUGUCCACCUACAUUCACGAAAUCGGCCACGCCAUUGGUUUGAGACACGAGCACCAAAGGCCAGAUCGAGACAACUUCAUCACCAUUAACUACACCAACAUCAUGCCGUCAUACCGUAGAUGGUUUACCAAAUACUCUAGGUUUGCUGUGAACACAUACAAUGUGAAGUACGACCACUGGUCCAUCAUGCAUUACGGGUUACGCGCGUUUUCGAAGGACAGAAAAUCCCAGACGAUAAAAGCGAAAACCCCGUACAAAGACAGUGAUAUUGAAGACAACGUGUUUAAUGACCUCUCCUUCGGCGACGUCAAAAUUGUGAAUCUUAUGUAUUCUUGCGCCGCCCGCUGUAAGCAGUCUGUUCGGUGUUCCGGGGAAGGAUACGUCGAUGAGAACUGUCGCUGUGUCUGCCCGGAUGGCACCAGUAACUGUCAAGUGAACCAGGGAAAUCCCGUUUCUAAGCCUGCUGUCCCUGCUCCCACCUGUAUUAAUCGGUACAAAGACUGGGCAUGCGCGAUAUGGGCCAAUCAGGGGGAAUGCUGGAGAUACAAAUACCGCGCGUCGGUGAAAACUUACUGCCGAAGGACUUGCGGAGUGUGUGGGUCAAAGCAGGCUGCAGCGGGGGACACGGCAGGUACUUGCCAAAACGAUUUUCCAGACGACAAAUGCAAGACUUGGCAGCUGCGUGGUGAUUGCCUCACGAACCGGGCAUGGAUGAACAACCAUUGUAAAAAGGCGUGCGAUUAUUGCAACGGUGUAAGCGACGCGAAAAAGGCUUGCACUAAUGUCCUCUCUGACAGUCAAUGCCUAUAUUAUACAUGGACUGGCAAGUGCGCCUACGACCGUAACUAUAUGUGGACCAACUGCCGUCAGGCAUGUUUCAUGUGUGGAGAGGAAUCGCAAAAUAACGAAACAAAAAGCCUACCGCCUUGCAAAAACGGGUUCUCGGACAACUUGUGUGAUCAAAUGGCCAGAGCAAGCCCUUCUUGGUGCACAAGGGCUGGUGCGUCGUGGGUUAAAAAAAAGUGCCGAAAGUCCUGCAAUUUUUGCCAAAAGACCAGUGAAGAAGCUCAAGUGGUUCCAUGUGAAGACAAAAACAAGUAUUGUACUACAUGGGCCAACAAGUCAUACUGUGACAACCGUAAUUAUGCUAUGUACAUGCUGCGAGUAUGUAGGAAAGCCUGCAACAAUUGUGCCGCCAAUUGCCAAGACAUGAGUCACCAAUGUGCAGCUUGGGGAAGGGCAGGAAGGUGCGCCAAGGACGUCAGCUUCAUGUUUAAGAACUGUCAAAAAACUUGCCGAGUUUGUAGAAAAUAGGCAACCGUUAACCGU